UUCAUUUUUUCUGCAGAUUAUUCAUGUUUUCCUGAGCCAGAAAGGUGAAAAUGAAGAUCAGGCUGUCUUUGGCAGCAGUUGCUGUGCUUACAGCUUUGUUGUUUACCUCUGCUGAGGCUCAAGUUGAUCCUCCUUCAGAUUUGAAAUUUACUAUUCUUAAUGAAAAUACUGUACAAAUGGCAUGGAAAUCACCACUAAGUAGAAUAGAUGGAUAUAAAUUAACAGUGGUACCGACAACGGAUGGCCCUUCUAAAGAAGUUGAUCUCCCAGCCUCUGCUACACAAACAUUGAUAACAGAUUUAAGUCCUGAUGUAGAAUAUGUGGUCACAAUACAUUCUUUUGAAGGAUCUGAGGAGAGUCUACCAAUCUUUGGCCAACUUACAAUUGAACCAAGUAAUGCAUCUCCUGGUGGACCACCAAGACGAAGACCAGAGCAUGAGGCAACGUUCAAAUGUUCCCAAAGUACUAUUGCUGAUAUUGUGUUUCUGGUGGAUGGCUCUUGGAGUGUUGGCAGAGAUAACUUCAAGCAUAUACGCAGCUUUAUUGCUUUGGUCACGUCUGCUUUUGAUAUUGGUGAAGAAAAAACACGAGUUGGCAUUGUACAGUACAGCACAGACACCAGGACUGAGUUCAACUUAAACCAGUACUUCAAGAAGGGAGAGCUUCUGAAAGCCAUCAAUAACCUUCCCUACAAAGGAGGAAACACAAUGACAGGAGACGCCAUGGACUAUUUGCUUAAAAACACUUUCACAGAGGCUGCUGGAGCCAGGAAAGGAUUUCCGAAAGUGGCAAUAAUCAUAACUGAUGGAAAAUCACAAGAUCCUGUUGAAGACAAUGCUAAGAGGCUGCGAAAUAUUGGGGUUGAAAUAUUUACAUUAGGAAUCAAAGCUGCAGAUAUUGAAGAAUUGCAAAUGAUGUCCUCAAGUCCUUAUGACAAGCAUGUCUUCAGUGUAUCAAACUUUGACUUAAUUAAGACAGUACAACGUCAGAUAGCUUCCCAAGUUUGUUCAGGAGUUGAAGAACAACUGAAUGAGCUUGUCAGCGGAGAGGAAGCUGUGGAGCCAGCAUCCAACUUACAAGUUCUUGAAAUCUCAUCCAGAUCAAUGAAGGUCACGUGGGAUGCAUCCCCAGGGCAGAUAACAGGCUAUAAGCUGCAACUUAUCCCAAUGCUUGCUGGCAGCAAGAGGCAGGAAGUGUAUGUACAACCUACUGUGACAUCAGUGAAUGUAAGAGAUCUGUCUCCUGACACAGAAUACCAGAUCAGCUUGUUUGCCUUGAAAGGGCUUACACCAAGUGAGCCUGCAAUGGCAAUGGAGAAAACUCAGCCCAUCAAGAAAACUGUAGAAUGUACUCUUGGAGUGGAUGUGCAAGCUGAUGUUGUUCUUUUAGUUGAUGGCUCCUAUAGUAUUGGUUUGACUAAUUUUGCCAAAGUUAGAGCUUUUCUGGAAGUUUUAGUGAAAAGCUUUGAAAUUGGACCAAACAAGGUACAGAUUAGUCUUGUCCAGUAUAGCAGGGAUCCUUACACUGAAUUUGCUUUGAACACGCACCAGAGCAUCGAUGCUGUACUUAAGGCAGUCCGCUCCUUCCCCUACAGAGGAGGCUCUACCAACACAGGAAAAGCAAUGACCUAUGUGCGAGAAAAAAUAUUUGUUGCCAGCAGAGGUGCCAGAAUAAAUGUCCCAAGAGUGAUGAUUCUGAUCACUGAUGGCAAAUCUUCAGAUGCUUUUAAAGAUCCUGCUACAAGGCUUCGAAAUACAGAUGUGGAAAUCUUUGCAGUUGGUGUGAAAGAUGCUGUUCGGUCUGAACUGGAAGCCAUUGCUAACCCUCCAGCUGAUACUCAUGUUUAUACAGUCGAAGACUUUGAUGCUUUCCAGAGGAUAUCAACAGAGCUUACUCAAUCAAUUUGCUUGCGCAUUGAGCAAGAAUUAUAUGCAAUUAUAAGCAGAUCUUUGGUUGCACCUAGAGACCUUACCUUUUCUGAAAUCACAUCCAGAAGUUUCCGUGCCAGCUGGUCAUCUGACUCUGACAGAGUAGAAUCUUUCCUUUUAAAAUAUAAGCCAACAUUAGGUGGAGAUACCAUCACAGUGUCUGUUCCAGGUGACACCACCUCAACAGUUUUGAUGAAUCUACAACCCCUAACGAAAUACUCAGUCAGUGUUUUAUCUCAGUAUGAGAAUGGGGAAAGUCUUCCACUUGAAGGAGAGGAGACAACACUGGAAGAACAAGGGUCUCCUCGAAAUGUAAGAGUGUCCGAUGAAACUGAAAACAGUUUUCGAGUGACAUGGGGAGCGGCUCCUGGGAAUGUACAACGAUACCGACUUUCAUAUGUUCCCAUUGGAGGAGGAGAGACAAAAUAUGCAGCCACCGUUGGGGCCGAGACAUCAAUUGUUUUGAAAGAUUUACUCCCGCUGACUACAUAUCAGGUUUCAGUUGCUGCAGAAUAUGCUUCUGGAAUUGGAAGAGAAAUGGGAACAACUGGGACAACUAAAGAAGCUAAAGGGUCACCAAGAGACCUAAGAGUAUCUGACUUCACUACCUCUAGCAUGAGACUAGCAUGGGCUGCAGCUCCAGGGCGAGUGUUGCAGUAUAGGAUUGUGUACAAGCCCAGCGCAGGAGGAGAGAGCAAGGAGAUAACAGUAAAGGGAGAUGCUACAACAGCACUCUUGAAAAAUUUGCAGUCUGACACUGAAUACGACUUGUCUGUGAGUGCCCGGUACUCAUCAGGAUUUGGAGAGCCACUCAUUGGAGAGGGAAAAACUUUAGAAGAACGUGGUUCUCCAAGAGACUUGAUCACUAAAGACAUUACGAGCACUACUAUUGGAGCCUCCUGGAAAGCAGCACCUGGCCGGGUGACUGCUUACAGGGUAGCCUGGAAAUCUCUUUUUGAUGAUGAGGCUGGUGAAAAGCGUAUUGCUGGUGAUUUGACAGAAACAGUAUUAGAGAAUCUGACACCAGAAACCAAGUACAAGAUCUCUGUUUAUGCAGAAUACAGCAGCGGAGAAGGAGAUCCACUCUUUGGAGAAGACACCACAGAAGCAUCACCAAACACUAAGUCUUUGAGAGUGUCUGAUGAAACCGAGACAACAAUGAAAGUGACAUGGCAGCCAGCUCCACGGGAAGUCGUUAACUACCGCCUCACUUAUCGACCUGUUUCUGGAGGACGACAGAUUGCCACCAAAGUUCCAGGAACCCUGACAUCUACGGUGUUGAGGAAAUUAACGCCUAGAACCUCUUACGAUAUCACAGUACAUCCAAUUUUCAAGAAAGGAGAAGGAAAAGCAAGGCAAGGAAUUGGAACUACACUUUCACCAUUUAAGGCACCAAGAAACCUCAAAACAUCUGAACCAACAAAAACCAGCUUUAGGGUAACCUGGGACCAUGCACCAGGUGAUGUUAAGGGAUAUAAAGUCAAUUUUCACCCUACUGGAGAGGAGAUCGAUUUGGGUGAACUACUUGUUGGACCUUACGACAACACAGUAGUGUUGGAAGAGCUCAGAGCCGGAACAAAGUAUACAGUAAGCGUAUUUGGAAUGUUUGAUGGUGGAGAAAGUAUGCCUUUAGCUGGGGAAGAAAAGACUACACUCUCUGAUGAGCCAAAAGGACCACUUGUAACAAUGUCAGAUAUAGCUUGUAAGACCACAGCUAAAGCAGAUAUUGUUCUUCUGGUUGAUGGGUCAUGGAGUAUUGGACGUCUCAACUUCAAAACCAUUCGAGCAUUUAUUGCUCGUAUGAUUGGAGUCUUUGAAGUUGGUCAAGACAAAGUUCAAGUUGGUCUGGCCCAGUACAGUGGCGAUCCAAGGACUGAAUGGCAUCUUAACGCUCACAAAACCAGAAAAUCUUUACUGGAUGCUGUUGCCAAUUUACCAUAUAAAGGAGGGAACACCCUUACAGGCAUGGCUUUAAAUUAUAUUCUUCAGCACAACUUCAAGCCAGAUGUUGGGCUUCGCCCUGAUUCACGCAAGAUUGGUGUUCUCAUUACUGAUGGCAAAUCUCAAGAUGAAAUUAUUCAGAGCUCUAAGAAACUGCGAGACCAAGGCAUUGAGCUAUAUGCUAUUGGUGUUAAAAAUGCAGAUGAAAGUGAACUGAGGUCCAUUGCUUCAGAUCCUGAUGAAAUUCAUAUGUAUAAUGUGCAAGAUUUCUCCUUUUUGCUCGAUAUUGUUGAUAGCCUGACUGAAAACCUUUGCAACAGUGUAAAAGGCCCAGGGGGUGCACCUGAUUCUCCUACGAAUUUAAGAACUUCAGAAGUGACGUCACAUUCCUUUAGAGCUACCUGGACUGCACCCAGUGGCAAUGUGGACUCAUACCGCGUGGUGUACAUGACAAUCGGAGGCAGACCUAAGGAGUUGUCUGUAGAUGGGUCAAUCACAACUGCAGUCUUACCUGACCUAAAUCCUGAAACUGAGUAUGAGGUGAAUGUGUACGCUAUAUUAGGACAAGAAAGCAGUGAGCCACUUACAGGGAGAGAAACCACAUUGCCUCUUCCAACGGUGAGGAAUUUGAAAACCUAUGAUGUUAGUACAACGACAAUGAAGGUGAGGUGGGAUGCAGCUAGUGGAGCAACAAGCUAUUUGCUGCUCUAUGAACCAUCUGGAGUUGCAGAGUCUGUGGCUAAAGAGUUGAUAGUCCCAUCAGAUAUAACAAAUGUGAAUUUGGAGCAAUUGAUCCCUGAUACUAUGUACUCAAUUACUGUCUUCGCAAAACAUGGAGAUGCUACCAGUGAUCCUGUUAGCACUCAGGAUUCCACUUUGCCAUUGCCACCAGCUGGAGAAUUAAGAAUCACUGAUGUUACACACAGCUCAAUGAAAACUUCCUGGGAUGCUGCACCAGGUGCUGUGCGUAAAUACAUAUUAAGAUACAAGAUUGCUGAAGGAGGCGACUUCAAGGAGGUUGACGUUGGUGGCAAACAAACAACACUGGUUUUAAGGAAUCUGGCUUCUCAAACUGAGUAUGAUGUGGAUGUGACACCAAUAUAUGAUUAUGGACCAGGUUCAAAAAUGACUGGACAAGCUGUUACUGAUGUUGUCCCUGCACCUUCAAAUCUUAGAUUCUCUGAGGUAACAGAGACAAGUUUUCGAGCUACUUGGGAUCAUGGAGCUCCUGAUGUGGCUCUUUAUCGAAUCGGCUGGCGUGAAGUAGGAGAUACGGAACUCACAACAGCUAUGCUAGGCAGUGAAGAAAAUUCCCAUGUUCUGGAAAACUUGAAACCAGACACUCUGUAUGAAGUUCAAGUGACAGCUGUCUACCCUGAUGAAUCUGAAAGUGAAGAUCUGAUUGGCAAUGAAAGAACAUUGAAAAAGAUUAUCCUGACAGAUGCACCAAAGAGUGCACCUCAAAACUUACAGGUAUACAAUGCUACAACCAGCAGUUUGACUGUGAAAUGGGAUCAUGCUACUGGAAGAGUACAGAAGUAUCGAAUUAAUUAUGUGCCAAGUGCUGGUGGACAGGAGCUUACGACUCAAGUGGGAGGCAGACAGAACAGUGUUGUCCUUCAGAAGCUUACACCAGACACCCCUUACAGCAUUGCAGUAACAUCUGUCUAUGCAGAUGGUGAGGGAGGACAUAUUACUGGCAGAGGGAAAACAAAACCACUUGGAGCACCAAAGAAUCUCCGUGUUACUGAUCCCACUAUCAGUACUCUCAAUGUGCGGUGGGACCCAGCUGAAGGCAGUGUGCGCCAGUACAGAGUCCGGUAUGCUCCCACUGCUGGUGGGGAUGAGGACAUGGUAACAGUAUCCGGAGGUACAACCUUCACAGUUUUAAAGAAUUUGCAGUCAGAUACGCCCUAUACCAUCAUUGUGGCUCCUGUUUACACUGAAGGAGAAGGUGGCCGACUCUCUGGAAAAGGAAAGACAUUACCACUCGGAGGACCAAGAAAUCUGCGUGUUACCAAUCCCACUACCAGCACGCUGAAUGUACGGUGGGACCCAGCUGAUGGCAAUGUACGUCAGUACAGAGUUCUGUAUGUUCCAUCCAGUGGUGGUGUUGAGGACGAGGCAAUAGUAUCUGGUGGCACAACCUCAACGGUUCUAAGCAGUCUGCAGUCAGAUACAGUCUACACCAUAACUGUGGUGCCUAUGUAUACUGAGGGAGAAGGUGGCCGUCUCUCAGGCACUGGAAAGACACUGGUUCGAGGAUCCCCAAGGAAUAUUCAAGUUUUCAAUCCAACUCCUAAUACUUUGAAUGUUCGAUGGGAACCUGCACCAGGACAAGUUCAGCAAUACCGGGUUGUCUAUGCUCCACUAAGGGGAACUCGGCCUCCUGAGUCUGUCGUUGUACCAGGAGGGACUACUACGACUGUCCUAGAACGUCUGAUGCCUGACACUCCUUAUUCUGUUAAUGUUGUGGCAAUAUAUCCAGAUGGAGAAGGUGGACAAGUCAACAGCGACGGAAAAACAUUGCCUCGCAGUGGUCCAAGAAACAUCCGUGUAUAUGAUCCAACCACCAACAGCCUCACUGUAAACUGGGAACAUGCUGAUGGUCCCGUUCAGCAAUAUAGAAUUGCUUAUGCACCGACCACGGGGGAUCCCAUUGAAGAAUAUACAUAUGUUCCUGGAAGAACAAACAAAGUCAUUUUACAGAAUCUUCAGGCUGACACUCCAUACAGGAUUAAUGUAGUGGCUGUUUAUGCAGAUGGAGAUGGUGGAGAUCUAACAGGAAAUGGCAGAACAGUUGGCCUACUUGGUCCUCGGAAUCUCCGUGUCUCAGAUGAAUGGUAUACCCGAUUCCGUGUUUCUUGGGAUCCUGCACCAACACCAGUUUUGGGGUACAAGCUUGUUUAUCAGUCAACAGUGGCAGAUGAAACAAUGGAAGCAUUUGUUGGUGACGUGACGACCUAUACACUCCACAAUCUACUUCCUGGGACAACAUACGAUCUUAAGGUUUUUGCACAAUAUGAUGGAGGACUCAGUGGAGUGCUACCUGGACAAGGCACAACAUUAUACUUGAAUGUUACUGAUCUGACAACAUACCAGGUUGGCUUUGACUCGUUCUGCAUCCGAUGGGCUCCUCAUAGGGCAGCAACCUCCUACAGAAUUAAACUAAACCCACUUGACCCUUCAAGCCGUGGACAACAAGAAGUGACAGUCAAUGGUGUAGAGUCAAAUUAUUGCUUCAAUGGUCUCUCUCCUGAUGCCUUGUACAAUGCAACAGUGUAUACCCAGACUCCAAAUCUUGAAGGACCUGGAGUCAGUGUACGAGAAAGAACUUUGGUUAAACCAACUGAAGCACCAACUCCACCACCAACACCUCCUCCACCCCCAACAAUACCACCUGCAUGGGAAAUCUGCAAAGGUGCUAAGGCGGAUGUGGUAUUUCUGGUUGAUGGCUCAUGGAGUAUUGGUGAUGAUAACUUCAACAAAGUUCUUCAGUUUGUUUUCAGCACCAUUGGAGCUUUUGAUAUAAUAAGUCCAGAAGGAAUGCAGAUAUCUCUUGCACAAUUCAGUGAUGAUGCCAGGACUGAAUUCAGGCUGAACACAUAUAAGGAAAAAGGGACAACACUUGCUGCUCUUCAGCUGGUGCGUUACCGAGGAGGAAACACAAAGACUGGUGUAGCUUUGAAGUAUGUAGGUGAAAGGGUCUUCACAACAGAAAACGGCAUGAGGAAAAAUGUUCCAAAGGUUCUUGUUGUAGUAACAGAUGGAAGAUCACAAGAUGAAGUUAAAAAGCAUGCUGCUACACUACAGCAUUCAGGUUAUAGUGUGUUUGUCAUUGGUGUCUCGGAUGUGGACUAUACAGAGCUGAGAAACAUCGGAAGCAAACCAAGUGAACGCCAUGUCUUUGUAGUGGAUGACUUUGACGCGUUUGCAAAAAUUCAAGAUAACCUUAUUACCUUCCUCUGUGAAACGGCAACCUCAACUUGCCCUCUGAUUUAUUUGAAUGGAUAUACCUCACCAGGCUUCAGAAUGCUUGAAGCAUUUAACCUGACAGAUAAGGUAUUUUCCACUGUUCAGGGAGUGUCUAUGGAACCAGGAUCCUUUAACACCUUUACUGCCUACAGACUUCACAAAAAUGCCUAUCUAAACCAACCUACCAAAGAGGUUCACCCAGAAGGAUUACCACCUGCCUACACUAUUAUAUUCUUAUUCCGAAUUCUUCCUGACACACCAAAUGAGGCUUUUGACAUUUGGCAGAUUACAGAUAAAGAUAAUAAACCCCAAGUUGGAGUAACUCUCGAUGUUUCUAGCAAGACUGUAUCAUUCUACAACAAAGACACUCGAGGAGAGAUACAGAAGGUAACCUUUGAUAAAGAAGAAGUUAAAAGAAUAUUUUUCGGAAGCUUCCAUAAGAUUCAUAUAAUCGUCUCCCCAAAGAGUGCAAAGAUACAUAUUGACUGCAGAGAGAUUAUGGAAAAAGAAAUUAAAGAAGCUUCUAACAUUACUCUGGAUGGUACUGAAGUACUUGGCAAAAUGGUGAAGUCAAGAGGCUCGAAAGGAGAAUCAGCAACGUUCCAGCUCCAAAUGUUUGAUAUGGUGUGCAGCGCAGGCUGGACCAGUAGAGACAAGUGUUGUGAGCUUCCUUCUACGAGGGAUGAAGCAAAAUGUCCUGCUCUUCCACAUGCAUGCACAUGCGCACAAGACAGUGUUGGCCCACAAGGACCUCCUGGACCCACAGGUUAUCCUGGUAAUAAAGGUCCCAGAGGAGAAAGAGGUGAAAAUGGCCCACCUGGUCCCUUGGGUCCUCGUGGUGAUCUUGGUUUGCCAGGACCACAAGGACCCCCAGGUCCUCAAGGACCUAAUGGGCUGUCCAUUCCAGGAGAACAAGGUCGUCAAGGACCAAAAGGUGAUCCAGGAGAUGCUGGUUUGCCAGGUCAUCACGGACCACAAGGUUCAAUCGGUCCUAUGGGCCCUAUCGGUGCAGCAGGACCCAGGGGCCCUCCAGGAAAGGAAGGAUCAUCAGGCCCUAGAGGCCCACCAGGACAAAUGGGUGCACCAGGUGCACCUGGUAUGCCAGGUCCAACUGGAAAGCCAGGAAAACCAGGAGAUCUUGGGUCACCGGGCCCUGUUGGUAUAAGAGGAGAAAAGGGUGAAAGGGGAGAUUUUGCUUCUCAGAACAUGAUGCGGUCAAUAGCCAGACAGGUCUGCGAACAGCUAAUGAAUGGUCAAAUGAGCAGAUUUAAUAACAUGCUGAACCAAAUUCCAAACGGCUAUUCUUCCAACAACAAUAACCCUGGCCCACCUGGCCCACCAGGACCUUCUGGCCCUCAAGGUCCUCGAGGAGAACAAGGUCAAGCUGGGCGUUCUGGUUUCCCUGGGACUCCAGGAGAACCAGGACAAGCAGGUGAAAGAGGUCUACCAGGAGAAAAGGGUGAACGUGGCAGCCCAGGAACUGGAUCUCAGGGACCAAGAGGUUUACCUGGACCACCCGGCCCACAAGGAGAAUCACGAACAGGACCUCCAGGAUCUCGAGGCCCACCAGGACCACCUGGUCCACCAGGCCGCCAUGGUAUCCCUGGAGUAAGGGGUCCCCAAGGUCCACCAGGAUAUUGUGACUCUUCCCAAUGUGUUGGUAUUCCUUACAAUGGAGGCCAAGGGUUCCCAGGUUCGGGAUAGUAAAUUUUCUAAGUUGUCUGUGCAUCUUACAAUUUGAAUACCUGAAAAUCCUGUCUCUGAGAUAUUUGCUCACGUUUUUGAGCCUUUAAGGAUAAUCACCAAGGAAAUGAUUAACGAACAGUUUGCUGGCCAUCCUAAAGGAGAGGACUCUUGUACUAACAACACUUUCAGCUUCUAGAUCAGACAGACAUCAGUGAUGGCCUCUUUUUUUUUGCAUCUUGAUCCAAUAAACAAACCAAAAAAGAAGCAUCUUUCAGCAAGUGGGCUUGUUAAACUACUAACAAGGUGGAGACUCUACACCAGUCAACAAAGUUAAUGUGGUAAACGUAGAAGUGAUCCUUGUAAAUAAACUAAUGGUGCCUUGUAAAGAUUCUCUUUGAAUCAAAUCCACUAAACGUCAAUUUAACUGCUCUCAACAAGCAUCUGCAUUAUAACCUGCUUGCUGUAUGCCUCCAUAACCCCUUAUUGUUGGCUUUCUGGAGUAUGCUAAUUUACAGCAUGUAAAAUUUGUACAUGUCUAUAUGGAUGUUUUCUAUGUUUGCAGUUUAUAGGCAGAUAGUUUUUUUUUCCCACUACUUUCCUUACUUCUUGUCCUUUUAAGUCCCCUGAUUGCUGUAAAACAAAUGCACCAGAAAACAAAACAUGUAUUUUAACAAGGCAGAUGAUGCAGUUUAUAUCUAAUGCCUGUCCUUAUGUUUUAUAACAGGUAUAACACAAUUUUAUUUUUUUCAUUCUAGCAUGUGACUUUUUCUCAGUUAAUAUCACACUGUUUUUCUAGUCAACCCAAUAGUUGUCAUAUUUAGAUGAUCUGGUGAAGUAAAUGUACAAUUAUGUUUUCUAGCCAGGUGAUUAGGACAAAAACUUCAACCCCACGAGCAACCAUUUCAGCUAAAUAAAUGUCGUCUAUUUCUGGAGCAAUAAGUUGUUGUUUACAUGUACCUGUUUGUUCAUCCCUGCCUCUAACUGGUUGUUCUCUGUCUAAAAUGUCAUAUCCCUGUUUUAAUUUGUCUACAGUGUCAUAACAAUAAGGUGUGCAACCUUAUUAUCCUGUAAAUGUUAAAAAAAAAUAUCUGUGCAUGUGGAUUCAAAGAUAUCAAGAAUCAUUAUAUUGAACUCGAAAAAUAUUUCCAACCAGGACCUUAUCUGCCUCCACCGGAAACCCACGUUGUACCUUUAACUGAGGAAGAGACUGAAGACUAUGAAACUGAAAUGCAAUCACCUGGUUAUUCAUGAAACCACAGAGGAAAGAAAUCACUCUCAAGGAAGCAAAAUGUCAGGAAAACAGAGUGAAAACCCGAAGAAUUUCUCAUUCUGAAAAAGUGGUUUACUAUUAUUUUGCAUAUACAGAUAUGAAAAUCCUUUAAUCACAGCAACCAGUGCACUUUGGUGUAAAAUUGUUUUUUUUAAUGCCUACUGGCUUCUUAGAAAUACCUUUACUUGCCAUCAUUUUUGCUUGUAAUAUAAGUGCAAUUGUUCAUUAAACCAAAUCUUUUUUUUAACGCAGCCGGAAAUGUACAAUAUCAAACCCUGUCGAGCACGUUUGGAUCUUGCUGUUAAACCUCUGUGGUUACAAUUAAGCAUAUUGUACCAUUCAUCCAUCUCUAUUUGUAAACUGUUUUACAGUUAUUUCUGUGAAUAGAGUUUUUUUUUUUUUUGUAUUUUAUUUUUUCAAAGUAAAGAGUCCAGCCGAAUCUCCAAUCAGCACUUACGUACAGCUUCCAUUUUGUCAGUGUAGACAAAUGUUUAACAGUUGUAUUAUUCCAACUCACAGCUGACUUUACCAAAGGUGGAAUUGCAUGUCUGUAUUGUAUAUUUAGAACUUUUGUUUUUUGAUCAGAAUAUAGUUUUUUUUUUUCUCGAAAUCCACUGCAGUUUAAAUUGUUUGCAAUGCUAUGAAUAUAGAAUUGCUUCUUUCAUUUUUUAACUGCAAAUUGUGAAUUCCACAGCCUUAUUUUCUUAUUUAUUUCUGAAACAAAAGAGGCAUUUUUCAAUAAAACUACUGAAAAGGUGAAAAU